AUGGCAGUCACAAAACAACGUUUCGACUUAAAGAGCUGGAUUCAAUUCGGUGGAAGAUACAUCUAUCCAAAUCAACACGAUGAUGAAAAAUAUAUUGAGAUAUGUUCGAAACAGGUGGACAGGUCAAUGAGAAACUUUUUGAUCAGACUUGCUGUAAUGCUUGCCAUGGAAAUUGCAAUGGAAAUGGUUAUUGUAGUGAUGUACACUGUGCCAAAAUUGAUCGAGUAUGAAUUCCAAAAACUGGAUGAAAAGUUGAAAGAAAGUCGUUCUGAUAUGGUGAAUGUGCAUCGUACAUUUCGGAAUAUUGUGCAGCAAAUUAUGGACACCGAUUAUUAUGCGAUGAAAAUCUCGGACGGGUGGUACUGGCGAUCCUUUUCAGCUCCGAUCGCUUUCACUUAUGGAAUCGCAAUGUCAAUUUUCUGUGAAUACACGAUGAAUUUUAUGGCUGGUUAUUUCAGUGCUUUAAUAUCAUAUUUACAACUGUAUUAUCUUUGUGCGGCUGCAGAUACUUUCUCGAAUGACGGCACUUGUGAGAUUUUGUACGAGAUCAAGUGGUACGUUUUGCCCAUCAAAUUCCAGAAGGACAUAAUGCAUUUAAUCAACCGCAGACAAAAUAAAAAAUCUCUAUCUGUUGGUCCUUUUGCAGAUUUAAAUAUUGAAACUUUCUAUGAUAUAUCAAAGCGCAUCUACUCUUUCAUCAUGUUCUUGUUGAAUUUUUUCGAUUAA